AUGUCUUUGUACUAUGCGUUAGUGUUUGGCAUAUUAGUGCUGGAGAUUGCGGUGUUUUCGGUGCUGUCGUUGCCGCUACCAACCAGGAUCAGGAGACCUAUGAUGCUGGUGUUGCUGAAGCCGUUCCGGGCACCCACAGUACAGGUUGGUAUCAAGUGUAUUCUCGGGUUCAUUCUGAUCCUUUUCAUCGAUUGCAUCACUAAGGUGUACAACAUCAACCGGGAGCUGAAUGCGGGCAGCAAGGGCCAGAGCAACACUGCUGGUGCCACUGGCGGCACUGUAUUUGCGCAGGACCGCAUCGAGGUUGUGUCGCGCAAGUUUCUAGCCCAGAGGAACAUGUACCUGACUGGCAUCACGCUGUUCCUUACAUUCGUUGUUGUGAGAACAUAUGCGUUGGUGAGUGAGCUAUUCCAGCUGAAGGACAACUACAGGGCCGCUGAGGGUGAGGACACCAAGGGCAUGACCCCAGAGGAAGCCGAGAAGAGACGCAAGGAACUGCUGGAAGAGAUCGACCGCAAGGAAAAAGAGAUCAACCGCUUAACCGAGAAGGCUACCUUGCUACAGAAGGAGAUGUAG